AUGAAGGGUUUCACCAAGAGCGCCGGAUAUCUUGCGUUAUUAGCAGCGCUGGUCAGCGAGACCAUCGCUCUGCCAGUUCAAGAUGCGCCGCUAAGAAUCGAGUGGCGAUCCCUGUCAAGCGCCGCAAAAGCAGACUACAUCAGCGCAGUAAAGUGCUUAGAUGGGUUGCCGUCAAAGAUCGGUCUCAAAACGUCGCGAUACAACGACUUCCCCUAUGUCCAUGCGCAGCUCAACAACGAAAUUCAUUUUGUCGCUCAAUUCCUCCCCUGGCAUCGGUACUUUGUACACAUCUAUGAGACAGCCUUGAGAGAUGAGUGCAGGUACACAGGCCCAAUGACCUACUGGGACUGGACCCUUGACUCUGAAGACAUGUCUAAGAGCCCCGUUUUCUCCAACGACACCACCAUCGGAUUCGGAGGAAACGGCCUGAAUGGCGGUUUAGUCUCACCAACGCGACCGAACCCGUUGACCAUGUGCGUAAUUGACGGGGCUUUCGCCAACUUUACCGUAUCUUACUAUACAACGACAGCGCUCUCGCAUUGUCUGAAUCGCGGUUUCAAUGACGGUAUUGGGGUGAAUGCCGGCCCUUACGAAGGCGGCUUGUACUCGCUCGAGAAGAUCUCAGGAAUCAUCAAAACCUCUAGCAACUUUUCUACAUUCGCGACUACUUUGGAAAACGGGCCCCACGGUGCGAUUCACUCAGCCGUUGGAGGAGACCUGUUCCCUUCGACAUCUCCAAAUGGCAAGCCCUCACCACCUACGUUGUUCGGGCACCUGAAGACUAACAGAGAAAACAGACCCCUUGUUCUUCCUCCACCAUGUGCAGAUCGACAGACUUUGGUGGCUUUGGCAGCAGGCUGA